AUGGCAAAGAAAUCACGGGAAGCUAGGCAAACAACGCUGGGCAAUUCGCACGAGCUAACCUUGGAUAGCAUAUUGAUGGUUGGUCUAAUUUUGCUCAACCAAGGGAAAUACAAAAAUGCCGAAAAGUUGUUUGUGCAAGUUAUGGAAACUCGCAAAAAGAAGCUGGGGCUUGAUCAUCCCUCCACGCUCACCAGCAUGGCCAACCUAGCGUCAACAUAUCGGAAUCAGGGCCGAUGGAAAGAAGCCGAGCAGCUGGAGGUGGAAGUUAUGGAAACGAGCAAAGAGAAGCUGGGGCUUGAUCAUCCUGACACGCUUACUAGCAUGGCCGACCUGGCGUCAACAUAUCGGAGCCAGGGCCGAUGGGACGAGGCCGAGCUGCUAGUUCCUGUUGGAAAUGGAUGA